UUUACUGGAAAAUAUCUGUCACCACCAACAUCAUAAUGUUAUUUUUUUAACUAAUAAAUGAAAUCCUUUUUCUAGUUUGAUUGUUUUCCUUUUAUAAGAUUUUGUAGUUAAUAAAUGUGAUUCAGUACAAACUAGCUUUUUAAAUUUUUACUUAAAUUAGGUUCAGAAGCUGCAGCUGCUACUGCCGUUAUUAUGAUGAGAAAGUGUUGUGCAAUUCAACGAACUUCUGAUCCCAUUGAAUUCAAAGCUGAUCGCCCAUUUUUAUUUUAUAUACGAGAAACUCAACAAAAUCUCACAUUAUUUACCGGCAAAUUUGUCACGUGCGCAAAUUUAUCGUCCUAAUAUACACUGCGAUAUUGAUUUACCUAAGAAAAAGCUUUAAUAAAUUAGCUAAGAAAACAUUUUCGUAGAUAGAAUUCAUGCUCUUUAUUUAACACAAUUUAUUUAUAAUGACCUUUUUUUAUGCUUAUAUGAAAAUAUAAUUGAAAAUUUAUAGAUUUUUUCAUUAUACUUUUAUAUUAUUUUAUUAAGGAUCAGAAGCAGCAGCUGCUACAGCAGUAAUUAUGACACGUUGUUGUGCAUCAAUAUCUCCAAAAGUAUCGCCUAUUGAAUUCAAAGCUGAUCGACCAUUUUUGUUCUUUAUUCGUGAAAAUCAACAAAAUGUUGUAUUAUUCAGCGGACGAUUUGUUUCACCACCAGCAACAUCAUAA